AAGCUAAAGGUCUAAGUAUAUGUCCCAACCAUCACCACGUCCAUCAAGCUGGGCGAAAGACGCAGAAGAAGAAAAUCGCAUUGAGGGAAUAAUCAGAGGCGCUGGCUGUUGGGAGCAACACAUUGCAGUCGUUGCUUGCAAGGAUGGCUUUGACGAUUGGAAAGAAUGCGAAAGCCAGGUAGAGGAGCUCAGGAAGUGCAUGCAGAAGAAUAAGAUAAAAUCAAAACAAAAGAUACAGAAGAGGAGGAUCUUGUUGAAAAGAGUAUCAGAGCAACCGGGUGCUGGGAAGAACAUAUCGCAAUCUUGGACUGUAAAGCAGACACUGGCGAUUGGAGGCAGUGCCGGAGCCAGGUGGAAGCAUUCAGAAAGUGUAUGCAGAAGAAUCGGCCAGAGGUCACAUCAUCAUACAAAAAGAAUUGACGUACGCAUUCCGUCUCAGUUUACCUUGUUCACCAUUGACAUUUUGAAUUCAUCAUGCUAUCUGAUAUAUUUGGAGAAUUUGGCAGAGAUUCAUGAUAAAGGCUGGUUCCUUGCUCAGUCAAGUACAAAAAGUAGGACAGAUGAUGAAAAGAGGGAACUGGUGUAUCAUAAAGCUGCCUACCACUACCAUCAUAACGAAUUCGAAGACGCUGUGAAGGAGUAUAAAUCACUGUACAACGAUUUUAAGCACAGUCGUACCCAUUCUGUUGCAGUCGUCGAUUCUCUGAUUCGUUCUGCAUUAAAGGUCCCAUCAUUUCCACGAGAAGAGUUGUUGCGAUAUCUCGAUGAAUAUGAACAGACCGCCCUCGAUUACGGCGAUCAGCUGCAAUAUUUGAAUGCAGCGAAAGAGGUUUAUGGCCGGAUUGAGGGAGAAGAAGCCGAUCGCAAAUUCGUAGAUGCAGUCUGUUUGCUCUGCGCCACCGUCGAUCUGCCAGAGCAUUGGCUUGCUUUUGAAAGCAAAAAGGGUCUCAAGAUGGGUCCGAACUUUCAUCUUGGAUACCAUGUACGUGCUCUGAUGCUGCUGGAGCGCCACCUAAGCCAAGCCCGCGGAUUCGUCAUUAACGCUUUACAAAUUAGAUUGACUCGAAUGAAAGAGAAACUGACAACCCUGCGUUACUCACCUGAGCAAAUUCGGGAAGCUCGGUUGGAAAUGGGUUUAGACCUAAUUUCAAACGACGAGAGGUCCGAUCUGUCCGAAGAGCUUCAGCGUCCGGCACAUGACUGUAGAUCUAAGAUUGGUGUAUACAAAACGGCAGAAGAGUGCACGCGAAUUCUCCGUGAAUUCAGAAGAAAGUUCAGCUGGAUGUUCAGUGAUGUAUAG